GAAAAAAGAAAAAAGGAGGAGCGAAACGAAACGAAACGAAGGGAAAGAAAAGGCAGGAAAUCUUGAAAUCGCGUAUUAUAUUCAUAUGCAGCAACGAUUUUCUACGAAUACCAAAUGUGUAUCGAGCAAGUGGCGGAUUUGAAACCGCAUACGUAGAACGCAACAACGGAUCGUGUAAUUACAGUCGACGUGGAAUGCAUGCGAGGGAUAUGAAAAUUUCUCUUUGUAAUUUCUCGUGUGCGGUUGCAUACGAAUCGCGUUUCCCGCAUACUUCGUUAUGUGUCGAGGAUUCGUUUUGUUUCCGGAUUUUCAUUGGGUUUCAAAUGAUGUAACGGAUGCUUCUCUUUCGUUUACGAACGAGAACGAAUAUAAUCUCGAAUCGAGGAUCAACUUUCUUCGUCACAAUUGCUAAUCGAAUAAUUCGUUUUCCCCCGACGAACGUGUUGUCCGCGGUACGAACUACUUUUUCUUUAUAACAGCCGCGAACAAAGAAAUAUCUCAAUUCGAGAUUCUUUUCACUUUCUUCCCACUACAUUUCUUUGCAAUUUAGAAAUUUAUCUCGCGAAUGACUUAAUUAACGUAAUUAAGAUAAAUCCCUCCUUUUAAUAAAAUAUCAUUUUAACUUUAAUUUGACUCUCUGAGCAUUGUAUAUGAACAUUUCUAUACUAGUUAUACAAAGAAUUUCAGUCGUUACGAUAAUUAACAAUCAUUUAACCAAAAGAACUCGUGAAGCAAGGAGUUAAUGCAGAAAGAGGAAUAUAAUUCAUAAAAUAUAUGAUCUAAAUUGCGAAACGCUUUGAAACGAGGACAGUGUUAUCGAGGAUUACAUCUUAUCUCUUAUAAAAACUCAUCGAAAAAAAGGGACCACCAUCAAGGAUAACCUGUCCCGGUUCGUUGGCCCCCCGCGAACGAUUCGGUUUCGCACGGUUUUCACUUUCGCUGAAACAAAGCGAAUCGAAUUUUUGUCCACGGCUCGGUUUGACGAAACGAAACGAGGAUCGCUUCGUUUCUCACGAACUCGAUGGAGACGCGGUUGCACGCUCGUCCACAGGAAGAUUCUCACGUUUCGCGACCCGAUCCCUCUCGCUCCCGUUUCCUGUCUUAUCGCCCUCCUCGACAAUAGAAUUCCUCUCGAAACUCGCCGCGAGUUUUCCUCUCCUUGAUUCCACUCGUUGAUAAAUCACCAGGCAAAGUGCGGAAUUUAACGAUGAGAAGCGAGGAGAGUAGGAUAAGGUGACGCAUAGUUUGUUGGUUCGACGAGGAAUUUGUUUAAGAGAAUGCGUAUUUAAGAUAAGUUUGUUGACGAGUCCAUUAGUUAUCGAAAGCUGCUAAUUGCCAGCUAAUUCUUCCUCGUAUUUUCCUCAAAUUCGGGAAAACUUGGAUAAAUAAAAAUACGAUUAAAUUCAGUAUAUCUUUUGAAAGUUUUCUUUAAAAUUCUUCGAGUAGAAUAAAUUUACUGUCUCGACUUUUUUUGAUUGAAAGAUUCUAGCAGUGAGAAAUUUUAUAGAACAGCCAGAAAAAUAUUCAAAGUGUCCUCAAUGCGAUCGAUCACCACAAUUUAUUGUCCCAUCGACUUUAUUAUCUAAUCUGUCUUAUCGCGAGCUAAUUCUUUUUUAUAUUUUUCUCAAACUCGGCAAAACUUGGACUAAUCAAAAAAAUACGAUUAACUUCUUUUAGUAUGAAACGUUAUAACACAUUAAAGAUAUCGUUUAAAAUAGAUGUAUUGUAAAAUAAAAUAUUACAAUCUCGAUUUUUUGUCUCUAUUAUUAAAAGAUUCCUGGAUGGAUAGUCUUCAAAAUAUUCAAACUGUCUUCAAAGCGAUCGAUCAUCAGAAUUCGUCCCACUUUAUUUUAUUUAUUAUCCAUGUUAUCGCAAAUUAACUAAUUGUUCCUUACAUCAACUUCUUCAAAAACAAUUAGCCAAAUUAAAAUAAAAUAUUACUUUCCCAAUUUUUUGUUUCAAUAAUAUUAAGAGAAAAUGAGAAAUCCCAUAAAAUAGACAGAAAAAUCUUCGAUCGAUCGUCAGAGUUCGUCCCACUUUAUUUUAUCUAUUUUCUAUGUUAUCGCAAAUUAACUAAUUGUUCCUUACAUCAACUUCUUCAAAAACAAUUAGCCAAAUUAAAAUAAAAUAUUACUUUCCCAAUUUUUUGUUUCAAUAAUAUCAAGAGAAACUGAGAAAUCCCAUAAAAUAGCCAGAAAAAUCUUCGAUCGAUCGUCAGAAUUCGUCCCACUUUAUUUUAUUUAUUAUCUAUGUUAUCUUAAAUUAACUAAUUGUUCCUUACAUAAACUUCUUCAAAAACACUUAUAAAACAAUUAGCCAAGUUAAAAUAAAAUAUUACUUUCCCAAUUUUUUGUUCCAAUAAUAUUAAGAGAAAACGAGAAAUCCCAUAAAAUAGAAAUAAAAUCCGAGAAAAGUCUUUGAAAGCGAUCGGUCGUCAGAAUUCCCCCGACGCUCCAUUAUCUAAUGCACGUUGCGCGUAAUAAACGGAGCGGAGUCCCGGCGUUAAGUAAUCGCGACGGUUGCUCGAUACAGUUUCCGCGGUGAAUAAAUCGCGAAUCGUUGACGCGGCCGUUGAUCGCGGAGCCGGUUGUAAAUCGCGGUUUAAAGAUAGGCCUGCAAGCUCGUUCCUCGAGUCGAAAGAGUCUGCGCGCUCGGAACGCGUGAGCGGGAAGUCGGCGGUGCGUGGCUGGAACCACCUGCUUCCGGUGGCGUCGCGUCGGUUGCACCGUCUCUUCAACGGCACCUGUGCGUUGUUGCACCCCGGUGCGUGCCACGGUGCGUGCCCUACGACCCGAAACAAUCGUUCGCCCCGAUUUUCGUGACGACCGGCCGGAUGCAAAUCGAAUUCCACGAACGAAAUCGAUCUUUUCGAUCAAAAAUUGCCAACUCUUCCAUUUCUUUUUUGUCCAUCUCGUUCUUUUCAUUUCUUCCUUCCCGCGUGAAUGCGUUAUGCGCAAGUAAACUCUUUUUGGAAGGUCGAAAAUGAAUCGAGAGAUGAUUGUUUAAUGAAAUUUAUGAUUAUUUUUUUUAGAAGGUGAAUAAUUAGCGUUGAUGAAAUUGGAAACGUUUUAUGUAUAGUUUGUAUAAAAUUUUGUGAAAUCGGAAGCGAAAUUUUAUCGGUGUUUAACUGUUUAGAAAUAAUUAAUGGUUUGAAUUUAAUAUUAGAUGUUCAUGUUAUCUUUGUUUGAGAUUAAAUAGAUUUCGUUAAGGGUGAUGUUAUUGGAACUGGUUUCUUUCAUAGCGUUUUAUUGAUCAGCGUGGGGUUAAGUUUCUGCGAUUCAACGUCCAGAUUAAUUUCUACUCGAUUCUUCCCAGGGUGGAAAAAUUGAAUUAUUUCCCGCCAUAUUUCGUUCUCUUUGUGAACGAUGAACGUACGGUGUUCAUAUAUAUUUAAUUUAUUCCCAGCUUGAUUGGAAGUUUCGAGCAUUUAAGAAUUCUUUUCUAUAUACGUCACAAUAAUUUCGAAAAGAGUCAAUUAAAAAUUCCUCUAUCAUUCUUUUACGUAGCACAAUUUAAUCGAGACGAAUAACACGCUCAUAAAUCUAACGAAACACGACUUUCUCUUCGUCGCCGGGUAACAGGAUUCUUCAAAGCAUCCGAACUUUUCGCGAAAGUGCGUCAAAUCGGACUAACACGCUUCAUUAGGAGCUCGAUUACCUCUGUGAAACUCUUCAAAUAAUAUAUAAUUCGUUUCAGAGACAGCUCAUCUGUAAAACUCGUUUCGAAAAUUCUUCGACCCGAGUUUCAAAUUUAUAUUGAACAAUUGGAAAUCGAUUUCAUUCGAUAUUAACCGGGCAUUAAAUUAAAGCGUUAACAAUAUUAUUAAAAUAGUUGGAAGUAGAAAGUAGAGAAAAACCAAAAGAUUCCGUGAUCCUCGUAAUUUCGCUUUUGCGUGACACGUACAGCGAAGAUUGCAUGCGCGCGCGUUCCUCCAGAGAUUGUAAUCGAAGUUUUACACUGGAACAACAUCCUAUUUAACUUCCCUUUAACUCUUCUUUCAAUCCAUUUCUUUGUUUCUAACGUUUUCGAAUAUUAAUUAAAUUAUACGCUCGAACCUUAAAUUUUCCACUCGAUGAAUCCCCAUCGCUCUCAAAAAAGAAAAAGAAUACGACACUUUCGACUCGUGCAAAAAUAACUAGCCGAAUAUGCGACACGGAUUCGUGGAGGGAUUGGAUCUUAAAAAUAUACGACGUAUUCGAUAUCGAAGAAGUAUCCGACGAGAUGGAAAUAAGAUGGACAUUCUCGAGCCGCUCUCCGCGGCGAGCCACUCUAUUUAACUCGAUUUGGAAAGUUACGAUGACGCGAGUUGAUCGUCAAAGCAGCCAUUCUGGUGCUGCAACCUUGUCGCGAGCAAGGUGGUCGCAUAUGGCGGCGUGCACCUGUUCUAAACGUGCGCGCAACUGUCGCAACUGUUCUCCGAGAGGGUGGCCUCUGAAAUUGAAAAAAAAGAGAGAAAGAGAGAGAGAGAGAGAGAAGGAGCGACGAAAAUAAUGGAAAUUAAACGGCAAAGUGAGGAUAAACACGCUUUUAAAGCACGCGUAGGUCGUGCAACGAAAAUUUUUAUUCCACGCGUAAACUCGUACUCGUACUCUUUUGAUCGAACGAUUGCGCCACCGUGUUUGUUUAUACGAUGUCGUUUAACACGGUUGAACUAGAUUGCUCGAGCCACCUCGAGUUUGUUAUUUUUGUUCCUCGGGAAGAGGAAGACGCGAGGGAGAGGGGCUUCUCGCUCUCCUCGCAAACAUUUCCGCGAUUGAAUCGACAAGUUAACAAAACUUUACGUACACCUCGAGAGAAACGACGAAAUUUACGAGUAAAAUUCUCUCCAUGCGAAAGAAUAUUCGAAGCAUGGAUAAUAUUCGAAUAAUCUGUUUAAAGAAAAUAAUCUGUUUUUCUGGAUUAACCGGAUGCGGAUUGAUCGACGAAGCGAUCUUCUCUGAUAUCUCUGCGUCAAGGUCGCCGGUUAUCGAGAAUUCUCUUCGAGAGAUCUCUUCACUUCCGCGAAUCUAAGAACGGUGGCACGUAUCGAAAAAGCGAGCGGAUCAAAGUCGAGCGAAAUGUGAGCGAAGGGCGAAGAUGUGAUUUUUCCACGACGAGUGGAUUAAGAAAUCGACGACGGCAUGCACACGCACGCACACACGCAUACACACACAACCGCGUCGGUUUACACACCGUGACGGCGGGCAAAGAACAGCAGGAGAAGAGGCACAUUUCCCCUCUCCAUUCACCUCUUGGACGAGUAGUCGGAGUCCUGGUUGGCUAUAGCCCAGAGUUCACAGUCAAACGCAAACAGUGGCCGCGGCAAAACAGAUCGUGGCACGAAUGCACGAAAAAUCGGCGUCGAAACGGCACGCGAUCGAUCGGCAUCCAGAUCGGCGGCGAUCGGUCGCUGCUCCGAUUUUCCAAUUUUCGGAUUCCUCGCGGCGCCCCUGCGAUCGAUACCUGAUCGAACGAACGAAAUUUAACGAGAACACGAAGGAUUUCUAAACCUACCAUCCUCCUUUUCGCAUCCUCGUAUUGUGCAAAUGCAUUUUCGAACGGAAUCGGGUGAUAUCGAGUGCUUAGGAAAGAAGGAAGAAAAAAUGGAAGAACUUUCGAAGAGCAAGAUGAUAAAUUAAAGUUUCACACGCACUGGAUACAUGUGAAUAAGUGAUUGAUCGAUUCUCGUGCAUCGGUUCGAAAGUGAGUGAAUCAAAUCGAGCGAGAUGGGGGUGAAGAAUUUUAUCAUGAAGAGGAUACCGUUCUGCAAGAUGAAAGCGAAGAGGAAAUAUCAUGGAACGAACACGGCAACACCGGUGCAAAACAACGGCCAGACCGAACACGCGGCUGGUGAUUUUUGUGACAACGCGAGUGUCGGAAGCGGAAACUCGAAUCUCAGCACUGGCGCGCUACAGAACAUCAGAGAGCAAAUGGCUGUGUCGUUGGAACGGAUGAGGGAGCUGGAGGAACAGGUCAAGGCGAUUCCCAUGUUGCAGGUGCAAGUGUCGGUGCUGAAAGAGGAGAAGCGUAAUCUGCUGCGGCAAGUGGACGAGCUGAGCAAGGCGAGUCAAUGGAACGAGAGCGGGUUGCAUAGGUAUCGCAGCCAGUCGUUCUCGGAACAGCGUGGCUCCCAGCGAAAUCUGAGGAACGCGGCUACGCCGACGCGAGACAUGGGAACGAUGUGCGGCGCGAUGACACGAGACGUCGGUGUUUCGCACCAGCAGGUUCGAACACGAGAUAUCGGCAUGAUAACGAGCACCCCGAUAAAACGAUCAUUGGAACGGAGUCAAUUGCAAAUCGAAGAAAUAGUACCUGAAAUGAAAGAGCGGAGCGCGUUGUUGGACGAUCGGACGUCGUCCAGCUUUGAUAAACUCUACUCGAGCGAUUCCCGCGACAGUUGGAGAUCGAGCUUAACACGUAGCCAAUUGAUGUACGAGGAAAUAAUACCGGAAGCGAGGACGAUAAGAAAUCGUUUGAAGAGAAGUCCGCUUCAAACGGAAUCGAUACCGCCGACCGGUCCGAAACUGGCCGUAGAAGCGAAGAAAUUUCGCGAUGUUGGUGUUAACACGAGGAACAGGCUGAAACAUCUGGUGCACAGCCGAUUCGUGAUCGAGGAUAUUGCGCCGGAAAUAAAGAGAGAAGUUAAGAAAAGAUCGUGUGGAACAACGACUGGGCUGAACAUGAAAGACAUCUUGACGAAGGAAGACGUGGCUGUUAUCGUCGACGACGCUCUCAGAAUUUAUAAGAGUACCCUCAUCAAAGAUACCAUUUCUAGGGGUUGUCAAUGCACCUUGGACCAGGUGAAGAUAAUCGAGAAGAAGGACGAGUUCGUUCAGGUUGCGGAACCGUUCAAAAUGAGGACGAACGUGGGUGUUACGGUGAAGCCAAGGGUGUCUGAAAUUGGAAUCGAGGUCAGAACUGGGCCCGGAACGAGAACCAUCGCCGUUGGUCCCGAUCCGUUCACUGUUCAGUCGCUAUCCUUACAUUCGUUGAACUCGAGGAGUCAUUCGUUUAAUUACGGUGACACGAAAGUGAAAAGAAAAGCCACCAAGUCUGUUAGCGUGAUGGUGGACGAUUUAGUGAGGACGACGGUGAAGAGUACCGACACUUCCGGUUUAGCGCCUAAGAAACGGGAAUUUGGUACGUCGCCGAUAAAAAAGAAAUUCACCGACGUCUCGGUUGGCGAGUCGAUCAAACCGCAUAUUUCCAUCUCGUGCGCCGCCAACUAUUGCGAUAAUUGUAAGGAGACCAUAAAAAGUUUGGCAAAGCAGUUCGUCAAUAACGCUGAGAAUAAUAUGAAUCAUCAGAACACGAAUCUCGUCUCGAGGAUACCUAGACCGUCCCACAUACCGUUGAACAACACGAUUGAUUACAGAAGGCAAUUCAAACGACAAGAUACGUACACGAAGAUACCGGCCGCGGGUGUAAUCAGAUACGAUUCCGAUAACAAGGAACAAUAUGACAACAAUAAUCGUAUCCAACAAUUGCAAGGAGAAAAAGGAAAAGAUGAAAAGUCAGAAGAAAUAUAUAAUACGGAAAAACAAGCUGAUGACGAAGAAAAACAUGAACUUCCAGAAUCUGCUUUAUUUCAACCUAUACAAAACCCCAGAAAAAAAGUUGAACCUUCGAAAGAAAUGCAAGCCGCCAUGAAGGUUCUUAAUGAUAGUCUUAAGAAAUCUCCUAGCAAAAAUAUCUCUCAUCAAAUGAAAAAUGCAAUCAAUAUUAUUCAACAAGAAUGGUUCAAAAUUUCAAGCACAGUGAAUGCCAAUCCUUUAGAAGUAGAAGAUUAUCUUGAUUGUUUUGAAGAAUGUUCAAGUUCUUUAUUGGAGUAUAUAGUUAACAUGACUGAUUCAAGUGGAAACACUGCGAUGCAUUAUGCAGUUUCUCAUGGAAAUUUUGAUGUAGUGUCUAUUCUUCUUGAUUCAAAAGUUUGCGAUAUUAAUAAAGCAAAUGUAGCUGGAUAUACGGCUGUGAUGUUGGCAGCUCUUGCUGAAGUCAGAAAUUCCACUCAUGCUUCAGUGGCUAAUAAAUUAUUUCAACUUGCAGAUGUUAAUAUUCGAGCAAAAUUACAUGGUCAAACUGCCUUGAUGUUGGCAGUAUCUCAUGGUCGAAAAGAUAUGACUCAAUUACUUCUGGAUGCUGGGGCAGCAGUUAACAUUCAAGAUGAAGAUGGUAGUACAGCCUUAAUGUGUGCCGCGGAACACGGACAUACGGAUAUUGUACGAUUAUUACUUGCGCAUCCAGAUUGUGAUCCAUCGAUCGUUGAUAUAGAUGGUAGUUCCGCUCUAAAAAUAGCUUUAGAAGCGGGCAAUCGAGAUAUUGGUGUAUUACUUUACGCCCAUGAACACGUAAAUAGAGGAACAAGUCCAUAUUCGUCAAUGAGACGAAAUAGAAGAGGUUCCAAACCAACAACGCCUACUGGACCUUCCCCUUCAGCUCCAGUAAGCCCAGCUCCAUCUCGAAGAAUUCAUUCAUCAACAGUUUCUCUAAAUUCUUCAAAAUAUUCUGCUAAAUAAUUCUCAAAUAAUAAUAAUAUUUGAAGACUUUUUUUUUAUUGAUAUUUAACAUACUAGCAAAUAGUUUGGAUUAUAAUCGCAUUAUAUGAAUAAGCAAUAAUGCAAUCGGCGUUCCGUGUUUCCUAUAUUUAUUGCUAACAUGUUUUAGUAUUUAUCAUCAAUUUACAAUAUUUUAAGGUGUUAAUUUUUUAAGAUAAACAAUCAUGUUCUUGCCUAAUCAUUCAUCAGCCUCAACUCAAGCAUUUAAUUUAAGAUAUCUAUUUAACUGCUCAAAUUUGUAUACAAUUAUUCAAAAAAAGUUUGAGAGUGCUGUUUUGUAAAGUUAGUCCAUAGGAAGGAUAUGUGUGAAACGUAUUGUUUCACAUUGUUAGUUAAUAAGAAGGAUUUGUAUAAAGUUUAAAACUUUUUUCUAGGUGCUAUCAAAGUAAAAAUAAAUCCAUUUUCAUUGUUAAUAAAUUUUAUACGAUGUCACAAACGAAUAAGAAACGUCAGUGACCAAAUGGUUCAAAAUUUUAUUCUUAAAUUUAAAAAACCAUAUGAAAGUACAAAAAGUUUCUUAUAUAUAAAAACAAGUCACAGUGAAAAAAUCUAAUAAUGUCUUCCAACAUCCUGUGACAUUAAAAACAUUCCAAAAAACAAAUUGUCAACAAUCCGAAUUUCUUGUCACAGAAAGUUUUCUUAUACUCAUAAUAUAUUCGAAAGUCAGGCCUAAUUUUCGUUUAAUCGUCGGGAUCAAACUAUCAGUAGAAUAAUUGUGUACUGAGACAAUUUAGAGAACAAUACAAUAUGUGUAAUAACUAUAUGGUGCACAAACGUGAGAUUUAUAAUUCUCGUGACUAAUGUUGAAUUUACAUAUAAAGAAAUUUGUAGAACCUAUCGAUGAUCGUUCAAUGUUGAAAUAAAUAUGUUAUAAAUGUGAAAAAUAUAAAUAUAGCAUCUGUGAACAACAACAAAAUAUUGAAGGGCAUAUAAAGGAAAUUUAGUUGAAUAGUUGUUGAAAUUAUUUCAGGGUACAAUAUAUAUAUUAUACGAAACAAAAUAUAAAAAUAUAAUUUUAUUUCACUUCUCGUUUAUCCGUGUUACGUAUCUUCAUGUUGUAGGAAUUGGAUAUUUAAAAUAACCUUAACGUUGAACAUUUUCUUACAUAGGUUGUGAAUAUUUAGAAAUAAUAAACGUAUUUAAGUUCAACAUCAAAGAUUUAUAUUUUAAUGAGUAUUCCUAUCGUUAAGGACUUAUAUUAACAUUAAGUGACAAUUACGUAUCAAAGAUAGUACUGAAUUAAGUAAUAGACAUUUAGGAAUUUAGAAAGUAGAUAACUACUUUUCAUUGUUUGUGCCUUUAUAUUUAACAUAUUGUAAUUGAUAAUAAACUCGAAAAGAAAUAACAUAAAACUAUUGUAUGAUACUAUAAUUUACCAAAAAUUAAUAUAAACAAUACAUAAUCAAUGGAAUUUAUGUUACAAACUUAUAUGAAACCAUUAAUCUUCAUUAAUAUAUGUACAAACAAUAAUGACAAAUAAAUUUAUGAUCUUGUAAAA